AGAAUGGACUUCGUAUAACGUAUUCAGAUGACUCAAAACUUCGCCCCAAUCAGCAGAUGUCAACCCCAUUGAGCAUCUCUGAGCACACCUAAAGCAAUCAAUAUACAAAAUAAAUAUUUGAAAAGAAAGCAAGUUUGCACAGUUCGAUGCCUAGCAGACUAAUAAAAGUUUUAAAUUGUAAGGUUAUCCAAUGAAGUACUGAAUUUUUACAUACUUUUAUUUAUUUCACUUCUGUUGUACUUAAUAUGUGGCCAAUCUCCUUGCUUGGAUUGAAGAUGUCGGGUAUUGUAAGGUUCGCCAACGCAUUAGCAGAUAUCGCGGAUAAUGAGGAUUUGCGUGUAACAGUGAAAAGCUCAGUGAAAGGUGCGGGAAUAACAGCAAUCGGGGCUUUAUUGGGCGGAUUAGUUGGAGGACGGCGCGGACUGCUUGCAGGUGGUACAAUCGGGGCACUAGCUGCAACUGCAAUGGCUGACGAUUUCCGGUCUGUUGGUGAUAUUAUCCGAAAUGAUCUUACAAGCAGCCAACGUGAAGAGCUGGUCGAAAGUGUAAUGCAGGCUGUAGGGUACACAACCUUAGGGGCUUGUAUGAAAAUGAUGAACGUAAAUCCUCAGUUGAGGUCAAUGGCUUUACAAGCAAUAAGGGAUUUUUUUGGACACAAUUUGGAUCUACACAUAAUUGGCGCGUAAACCAAAUCGCGAAAAACGCGUUUCCUGAAAUGUAAAUUGUAAUCUGUGUAUGCACAUACGAAAUAUAUUUUUGUGUGGUUAGAUUCAAACCAGAAUCUGACUCAUUGUA